ACCUCUGCGACACACGCGGCUCUUACGUUCGGCCUGCAGACGCGCACAGUCGCGCUUUCUUAUUUUAACGCGUAAUUUACACCGAAAUCCGUCACAAUUAUGGCCACCGCCGUCGUUCCCGUGAGGAAGAGGAUCCUGAAGGAGGAAGACAUGACGAAGAUCGAGUUUGAGACGAGUGAAGAGGUGGACGUGACGCCGACGUUUGACACGAUGGGCCUGAGGGAGGAUUUACUGCGCGGGAUCUACGCAUACGGUUUUGAGAAGCCAUCCGCCAUCCAGCAGAGAGCCAUCAAACAGAUCAUCAAGGGCCGAGACGUCAUCGCACAGUCACAGUCUGGAACUGGUAAAACAGCCACCUUCUGUGUCUCAGUGCUGCAGUGUCUGGAUAUACAGGUUCGAGAGACUCAAGCUUUGAUUUUGGCUCCAACCAGAGAGUUAGCAGGACAGAUCCAGAAGGUUCUUCUGGCUCUGGGUGACUACAUGAACGUUCAGUGUCACGCGUGUAUCGGCGGCACAAAUGUAGGUGAAGAUAUCCGGAAGCUGGAUUACGGUCAGCAUGUGGUGGCGGGAACACCUGGACGAGUGUUCGACAUGAUCCGCAGGAGGAGUUUAAGGACUCGCGCCAUCAAGAUGCUGGUGUUGGAUGAAGCCGAUGAGAUGCUCAACAAGGGUUUUAAGGAACAGAUUUACGACGUGUACCGAUACCUGCCGCCGGCGACUCAGGUGUGUCUGAUCAGCGCCACACUGCCACACGAGAUCCUGGAGAUGACCAACAAGUUCAUGACCGACCCCAUCCGCAUCCUGGUCAAACGUGAUGAGUUGACUCUGGAGGGCAUUAAGCAGUUCUUCGUGGCCGUGGAGCGCGAGGAGUGGAAGUUCGACACUCUGUGUGAUCUGUACGACACGCUGACCAUCACACAGGCCGUCAUCUUCUGCAACACCAAACGCAAGGUGGACUGGCUGACAGAGAAAAUGAGGGAGGCGAAUUUCACUGUAUCCUCGAUGCAUGGAGACAUGCCUCAGAAAGAGCGAGAGUCCAUUAUGAAGGAGUUCAGAUCUGGAGCCAGUCGAGUGUUGAUCUCCACAGACGUUUGGGCCAGAGGUCUGGAUGUGCCGCAGGUUUCCCUUAUUAUUAACUAUGAUCUUCCCAACAACAGAGAGCUGUACAUCCACAGGAUUGGUCGAUCGGGUCGUUACGGCAGGAAGGGUGUGGCCAUCAACUUUGUGAAGAACGACGACAUCCGUAUCCUGCGUGAUAUUGAGCAGUACUACUCCACACAGAUCGAUGAAAUGCCCAUGAACGUGGCUGAUCUGAUCUGAGAACAGAGAUUAUCCCAGAACAGUUCUGCUUUCAUCUGCAUCUUUAUUUCCAUUUGUAAUUGCCUUUUUAUUUCCUCUUUUUAUGUAGUUUGAGCGCUCUGAUGUUACAGGAUCUUACUCAGAUCAGCGCUUCCAUUGGGUUUUUGUAAAUAAAGAAUCUUUGUCUCCA